AUGUCUUCCCAUAUUACAAACUCUGACCUUUCACCCGUGGAGACGGCUCUCUGUGGUGGUCUAGCAGGCAUGAUUGCUAGGUUUGCUGUCAGCCCCAUUGACGUGGUGAAAAUUCGUCUUCAAGUGGAAUCGGUGCCACGAUCUGGAUUCUCGCAAGUUGCUACGGCCAAAGACGCAAAGUACCAAGGUGUUAUCCAAUCCUUUAGAUUGAUUGCAGCUGAGGAAGGGGUCAAGGGUUUCUUCAAGGGCAACAUGUCAGCCGUUUAUUUGUACAUGACAUAUGGCGUAUCACAGCUAUUCGCAUAUCAUCAUCUGGACAACCUUAUGAACGAUACGCCUCUCUCGUCAUCGCCUCGAGCAUUUGUUUGCGGUAUGCUAGCGGGAAGUUUUGCUACCACUGCCACCUAUCCAUUUGACUUGUUACGUACAAGGUUUGCUAUUCAAGGGGAUACCAAGAUUUAUACAAGCGUGGGAUAUGCUAUUGGUGACAUCUACAAGAAUGAAGGUGUUCGUGGAUUCUACCGUGGACUUUGGCCAUCACUCACCCAAAUCAUGCCAUACAUGGGAUUGAUGUUUCUCAGCUAUGAUCUUUUAUGCACGUCCUUUGAAUGGUUACGGGAUGAAGGUUAUAUUAGCUCCAACAACAAGCUCUCGCAUACAGCAGUGGCAGGAUCAAUAGCAGGUGCUUUGAGUAAAACGGGUGUAUAUCCCUUGGAUGUGAUAAGGAAGCGAUUACAAGUGCAAGGACCCCAUCGAAACGGUUACAUCAUUUCAUCCAUUCCACAAUAUGCAAAGACAUCGAUCUUCUCUUGUAUGAGCACGGUUGUCAAAACAGAAGGCGUGGGGGCUUUAUACAAAGGAUUGAUCCCGGGCUUGUUGAAAGCAGCACCAGCAAGUGCAGCCUACUUUUUGGUCUUUGAAUUUAGCAAAGGUGUUCUCAUCAAGUUGAAAACGAGCCAUGUCACUGAUAUAGCACCCUCCUCCACCAACCCAAAGAUAAUUGCAUAG